AGAAGCAGUAGUUGCAGGAGCCGUGGUGGUUGUAGCGUACUAUGAUAAGUAAAAGUAAUUGUUGUAUUAGCUGUAGUUGUUUAAGCACUAGGAUGUUUUUAUAGCAGUACUGAGUUUAUGAGGCGUCUGAAUUUUUCUCUUUAAUUCAAUUGAGCUAUUCAAGAAUAUCCGCUCGCGUUUUUCUUUAAUCAUAACUUCGUAAUUGACUAGUCUACGUUCCACCUAAUUCAUUUCUUAUUUCAAUCUUCAGUUGUAAUUGUAGUUGUAAUGGUAAUGCUACCCAGUUUUACUGCCUUAAUAGAGAAAACUGAUGAGACAAUGUGUGUGACACUGGCGUCUACCGAGCUUGCGAAGUGUCAUAAUCCACAAAAACAAGCUCGUACUUUCGGACGCUCACAGUCCAAACUUUGAACUGUUAACGGCGUUUGUCUCAAAAGCAUAUCCUGCCAUGACAGUUAUGAAUAAGACCUACCUUUCGCUAUUAUGCUGGCUGAGAAGAGUGUUUGGACAUCACCCUUGAAAAAACAAUUACAUCUAAAUGAUUGAAACACGUUUAAAAUUUUGAAAUAUUAGGAUAUUUUCCUCGUAACGAUUUUAAUAUAUUAAGACAUCAUUGCAUGCUAAGCGCCAGCGAAGGCCGAUAAUUUCUUUAGAGACAGGAAAGCAAUAGAGAAAAAAUAGAAAGGUUUUCUUUUAUGCAAAUAUUUGCUUGAAAAACACGGAUGUAAAUCAGUUACGCUUUAAGUCCAGCCUGAAGAUAGACUCAUGAUUCAUCUAGACUUCGCUUUCAAUAGCAGAAAGAUCAAUAUGGAAGUAAAUUUAAAGAAACAGGAGCACUUAAAAUUGUUUGCUUUUUUGUUCGUGCCACUUUUAUCACUAAUCUAUGACUUGGAGAACAUUGGCUCGUUGCUCACUUUGGAAUUAUAGUUAUCUAAAGUUUAUGUUCAUGUAGUAAUGAAAUGUUUUAGUGAUACCUUUCCCACUUUAAUUCUAAACUUUAAAAAAAUAGGCUCGCAUAUUUAUUUCAGAUCAACAGCAUUCGAAAUUGGUGAUAGUCCUAAAUCUGAACUAGAAAUAUACUUAGUGUGGUGAAUUGUGCUCUUUUGAGGAAGACUAGAAAAAGUGCAUGUGCAAAGAAAAAACACGUGUCAAUUGCUGUGCGCACAAACCCAACGCAUUGAGUAUUUUUUACGGUUUGACAACUUUAUAUCAAGGUUUUAUUUUUCCUCUGGACGGGUCCACAACUCUGUCUGUCUGUCAUUACCCAUUAGUUAGUUUCUAUAGCUGUGUGAAGCCGUGAUUCAAAUCGAAGAAACGACUUCUAUCUUGUAGCGGAGAUGAGUCCGAUGCAAACUCUAUUCAAUAUGAAAAUAACUCUCUGCACUCAUCAAACUAGUCUGCAGUGCAGGCGUAAUUUUAACGAGCGAGCACUCACAAUUUUUUUUAAGCAAAAACCAUGUACGCUAUGUAUGAUUCUUAUGGCAGCAGAAGGCUAGGGAGAGAAAGAAAUUUUUACCAAGGGGGGUGGGCGACGGUCAAAAUUAAGGAGAGGGGUAGUGGUGGGGGAGUGUUUUUUAGCCUCUCUCCGCCUUUCCCUGGUAAGGUGAAAAGGAGUCAAAGGUACAACCUUACACGUGCCUGUAAUGAGCUGUAUCCUGAAAUCAGCUAUAAAACAGUUCGAUCAUAACAGAGAAUGUGUGCUCUCUUUUCGAUUCGUCGCUCUUGGCUCAGUGAUCUGACCAUGAUUUUCCUAAAACAAACACAGAAACAUCUUAGGCCUGUUACUGCGAUGAAACUUCAAAGAUCGUGCCUUUUUCACCCCCCUUCAGAGCAGAAAAAGGACCCUUUAGGAUCUUAAUCGAGGAAAAAGCUCAGCUCGUUGAUCCAGCUGAAAUUUUCUUCUGUAACCUCCUUAGUCCACCUUCAAGGCUCAAAUGAUCCUAAGAAUGAACUAUUCUUAGUUGCUUCUCAGUUAGUUCUCAAGUAACUAAAGUUUUAUGGCAACAGAAAAGAACACAGCUACCCAUUCUUAACAUAAAAAUGCUGCAAACUAAACAUUCAGUAACGGGAAUUUUUUGUUCUAAUCUUGACCUAAACACCGUAGGCAAGAAACCAUCUUUGUCAGUCUUCGUCGAAAUCUUCGUUUGAUGCACGCGGUUCUCCUUCUUAGGGCUGAACCGUACUCGCAACUUACAUUCCUUCUUUACUACUAGAGUACGAUGCAUCACAAUUCUCGGUAGAGCUUGGUGAAGGUAGGUAUACAUCGCUAUCGGACAUAAUUUCAAGAGUAUUUCAACGCUGACAGAUAAAAAUUACAAGAGAUAUGAGAUAUUUGUAGGUGUCAACUGAGAGUUUUCACAGUUUUCUGCGUCAUCAUCCGCCAAUCCGUUACCAGUCCACGGGACACUUUUAAGACGAGCACUUUAGGGCCCGAAAAAAACCGAAUUUUAGAUUUUUUGAAAAUUUUCUCCAAUUGGAAUUGGUUUGAAUAUAUAAUAAGCUAAAUAUUUACGCAAAAAAAAUUUCGUGUCAUGGACACUUAAAGAGAUAUUCAAAUCUGACGGAUUUGUUUUGGUGUAAGGCGACCUUUGAACAGCUACAGUCGUUAUGUCAUAUCGCUGGGAAAACUCGAAGCCUCUGUUUUACGACAAUCCUAAAAUAAUAGUAUUUUACUCUGUUCAGCUUUAAGAAAUAAGGUAUGUCCCAAUGUCUCAUUUUGAAAGGGCAUAGAACGGUUCAGCGACAUCCAUUUCAGGUUUUUUUCGAUGUCAAGGCUGACAAGCUAGUAAGUUAUAUAAUUUAUGCUAGAUACAUUACAUAAUUUAUGCCGAGGUUUGUGCACAUGCAGGCUCACACGACUUAGUCUCACGUGAUCCGUUGAUGAAAGCGUGGCAUACAAUCAACUUUCCCUUAGAAUUUCUCUUUUGUGUCAUUUUAAUCUUUGUUGUGGUUGGAUGUUUAAAAAAAUCUUGUUUCACGCUGAAAAUUGGUCCAGUUUCCCAAUGUGUCACCAUUCAGAUGCUUUAGUUCACGUGCGUCGAUCUUUGUGCUCACGUGAUCUGUUAAUUCUCUGCGCAUAAAAAUGCAUGGAAGCUCUUUACGAUCAAGCGUUCUUCGCUUGAGCUUAACGACAUCUUUACUCUAGAGGCGUUAAUUGAAAAUUUCUUUGGCUUCUUCAUGGUGAACAAGAAACGAGUAACAUUCGCCGAUAUAUUAGGAUUCUCACUUGUGUCUGUGGUCGAAAUUUAUCCUGAAAACUGGUUUCCUGACAGAAUAUCUGAAAAGCACAGAUCUCAAGCUAAAAGUGACCGUAAUUAUCGACGAAGCCAACUGAAAUGCUUGUUUGACCAACCAGCGAACACUGAGGACUUCCACAGAAGAGUGAAGCGAGAGCAUGUUUGUCUAGAAAAUGUAGUCUGUGACAAAAAUGUUAUCCGAGGAUUUGUACGUGUGUUGAACGUCGCUUACGCGAAAGAGGUUUUUGUACGUUACACGAUGGAAGGAUGGAAAACCUUCAGAGAACAGAGCGCCUACUAUUUGUCGACCUCAAAAGACGUAACUACCGAUACAUUCUUUUUUGGCGUAUCUCUGCCCUCAGACUGGCAAGAUGCAAGCACAGUGGAGUUCGCCGUUUGCUACCGUGUUAGCGGACAGGAGUACUGGGACAAUAAUUAUAAGAGAAAUUACUCUAUACGGCUUGGGUUCAAAUGAGGACAUGGUGACCUUACAUGAAAUCAAUAGCAGGGUUAAAAGGUUACCUUCUGAAUUCUAAUACCAUGUGUUUAUUGAUAGGAAAAAAAGAAGAAGAAAAACGCGCAUUUCGAUAUUUCCUCAUGUCGCGUGAAUAGCGUGACAGUGUAGAAGUGCACAGUCAUUUGCAUGUGUCGAUGUAUUCGUGUGGGUUUUCGUUUUGAUGAAUUCAUACCUUCAAUGUAUUGGGAAACUAUAUCUGAAAGAAAAAAAACCAGUAAAAAGAAAGAAAUGAACAAAAAAAUAACAGAAAUAUACAAGAAGUGAUAUAAUUCGACAAUUGUUCACAUCACGUGACGUGCUGUAAUCGAUGGCGUGACAGCGUCUAGGGGGUUUGUAUGCGACAAAUAUCACAAUUUUGGUUAUAUCUGCACAAGGUCUGAGGCUUAGUUUGCUCAAUUUUACAAAAUUUUAAAAAUGAGAUACGGUCUUGAAGCCACUGAAUAUUGUGAUCAUCCAGUCUGCUUUAUGGACCAAAGCCUGUAAGCCGGCCUAAUCGCUACGCUAAUAGGGUCGAAAAGGAAAAUCGUCGAAGUGUCA